AAAUCAUUAAUAAGAAGCAAACUAUUUAAAAUAUAUUUUAUCUUUGUUAAUAAUAUGGCAUCUAUCAAUCCUUACAAAAACGGUAAGACAUACUUAAUAUAUAGUUAAUGGCGCAUAAGAAGAAUAUAUUAUGAUUAUGACCACCAUUACAUUCAUUUAAUUUCAGUAAUAGGAUGUUCAUUUUUAAUGUUUUAAACAUUUUAUGCCACAUGAAAAUAUAUAUUUCUUGGCUAUAAGCAAUUUAUCUACAUUUCUCAUUAAAAAAAAAAAAAAAACCAAAAAACUAAUCUUUCAAAGGUGUGUCUGAAGAAGAGCGAUCUUCCGAUCUAUUUCUCAUUAAAAAAAAAAAAAAAAACCAAAAAACUAAUCUUUCAAAGGUGUGUCUGAAGAAGAGCGCAUCACGGGCAAUGAAACAUUUGAGAGAAAAAAAGAGGAAUGCACUAAAAAUAACCAUGACAGCUACAUUGACGUUAAUGACCUGAGUUUAAGUUGCUUGCCUGCGAAUUAUCAGGAUGGUCAAAUUUUGUAUUUUAUUACGCUUCAAGCUGAUUUGACCGGACGUAUAGAGUUUCCUUGUACAAACGAAGACAAUAAAGAAAUGAAGAUAAGAGGGACGGGUUUUGUUCAAAAAAUAAGGCCCGGUAAACUUAGCAAGUGCCCAUGUCCAGAAUGCAAAGGCGAAUUCAACGAUUAUUUCAUAUUGACAGUAACCACUGUAAAUCAUGUUGUCGGUGAGAAUGGAAAUUUUCGUGAUGCAACUAUGUUGUUAGAGACAACAACAUCUUCUUUCACAAUUUAUGGAAACAAAAUUUCAAAGACAGAUCGAGAUGAAGAUAGUAAUGAAGAUUGGUGUGCAGUUGAAUUUAUCUCACACGAAAUAGAUAAAGUUAAAGAACUUGAAAGAACGUUAGAGAAUUUAAAAAGAACGCAAGGGAAUCUCUACGAAAAAUUCAGCGGUGAUGAAAACCUUGUUGUAAUAACAGGUUAUCCCCAUGGUUUAAAAAAGCAAGUUAGUAUUGGUAAACUUGUGAAAAAAAAGGAAAUUCUCAAGGAAGUUAGGGUUGGUCAAGAGUGGUGUAGAUAUAAAUACGACGCUACUACAUGUCCUGGAAGUAGUGGGUCACCUGUAUUUAUUCUUGGUCAGCCCAUCUGUGGGUAUGGCUACUGGUUCGGACACUCACACAACCACAGUAAAGGAGCAACAAUUAAGAACGAAAAAAAUUGUCAAAUCAACACUAGCUCCGUUGGUGUUAAUAAAAAAUAACAAUUCAUACAUUUAAGGUGUACACAAAAAAAUGACAGUUAUAAAUAGUUUUUUCCCCCUUUUUUCCAUCGUUUGAUAAAUAAAUGGUUUUUUUUUUAGUUGAGUUAUUGUGCUUGUC